UGUCCUAUUAAGGACCGUACGAUUUAUUUCUAUCCAACGGUGAUAUUUCUAUCCACGUCAUCUUCGCGCGGUAAUUACCCUGUUGCCAACACGUGGCUGGUUAGCGGGAAGAACAAGUCGCUACUUUCCAUUUUCGUUGCAGUUUGCAGUUUUGGUGCAUCAACGAUUACGCGCUCUCGGUUCUGGAAAUUGCAACGCUUUCUUCUUGCAGAAACUACACGCUAUACUUCGAGACGAAGAAGGAGAAGAAAUUGUGGUUCGGAGAUGAAAAGAGGAACUUCGACUUCAACAAUUUAUUCGCUAUUGUCGCUGAGGUUCACUCGUCAACAAUCUUCGAAGCUCGGCGUUGAUCCGCUUAGUGUUCGAUUCCUCUCUUCGUCUGCGAAGUCUCCAGGGCUAUUAAACCAGUAUAAGCAUCUAGUUGAGCGAGGGGAGCUACAGCAUGAUCCUUUUCAAGAGAGAGUGGCUUCCGAAUUGGAGAGUUUGCUUGGAAGAUUGGAGCAAUAUGAAAGGGAUAUGGAAGAGUAUCAUGUAAAACUAGCUAAUUGGAAGCAGAAUAGGGAGAACGAGAGGCGCAGACUUUUAAUGGAGGAAGCUGAGUCUAAACAACCGGGAGAUGUAUGGACCUCAGUAAACAAGCGCCGAAGCAAACUUGCUGAAACACUGAUGUUUCGGAAAUCUUCUGAAAAUAUUGAACCUGGAGUUGGUAAGUGGGUUUCAUACCUUAACCGAGAGAGGAAGUUGGAUUCACUUGUAGGUCGUUGUCCUUCUGCUCCACAUGCUCCUAGAGGACUGUACAUAUAUGGCAAUGUUGGAAGUGGGAAGACUAUGCUCAUGGAUAUGUUUUACAAUGCUACUGAAGGAAUUGUUAAACAUCGUCAAAGGUACCAUUUCCAUGAGGCUAUGCUUAAAAUUAAUGAAGAUAUGCACAAGAUAUGGAAAAAUCAAGUGAGGGAGAAAUCUUCACAAUCAAGCAUCUCGAGUUGGAUUAUGAAUCUCCCUUUUGAUACAAAAGUGAAGGAGUGGGUUGCAGCAGAAGAAAAAUACAAGCAAGAGGUACAGAUGAAAAACAUUCUUCCUGCUGUUGCUGAUAAAUUUCUGGUUGAUCAACAAGCAGGUCAAGUAGGAGCUAGCAUUCUUUGCUUCGAUGAGAUACAGACAGUUGAUGUAUUUGCUAUUGUAGCCUUAUCUGGAAUUGUAAGCAGAUUGUUAAGUACUGGAACAGUUCUUGUAGCCACCAGCAAUCGAGCUCCAAAGGACUUGAACCAGGAUGGCAUGCAGAAGGAUAUCUUCCAAAAGUUUGUCACUAAACUGGAGGAGCAUUGUGCAUUUGUUCUUAUUGGCAGUGAGAUUGAUUACCGGCGCUUUAUAGCCCAAAGGUCUUUUGACCAGAUGCAUUAUUUCUGGCCUUCAGAUUGCACUUCAGUGGGAAAAUUUGAAAAGAUGUGGGUCGAAAUCACCAGCCAAUUGGGAGGACAAAUCACCUCUGAGACUAUUCCUGUGAUGUUUGGGAGAAAAUUGGAGGUGUCAGAAAGCUGCAACGGAGUGGCACGAUUUGCAUUUGAUUUUCUCUGUGGUCAACCGGUAGGUGCUGCAGAUUAUAUUGCCCUAGCCAAAAACUAUCACACUGUCUUCAUAUCUGACAUCCCAACGAUGAGCAUGCGCAUUCGUGACAAGGCCCGGCGGUUCAUCACUCUCAUUGAUGAGUUAUACAAUCACCAUUGCUGCCUAUUUUGCUUGGCAGCUACAUCAAUUGAGGACUUAUUCCAGGGCACGGAAGAGGGUGCUCUUUUUGAUUUGGAGAGUUUUCAGUUUGAAACAGAGGCAGAAGGGGGAAAGCUUCGUCGAAACGUCCUAGUGGAGGGCAAUGUAGGAUCAGUAGGUGCUCCAACUGCAAUUGUGUCAAUGCUAUCUGGUCAAGAAGAGAUGUUUGCAUUCCGUCGAGCUGUUUCUCGAUUGAUUGAGAUGCAAACACCUUUAUACUUGAAGGGAGUGCGAAACCUUCAUCCCUAUUUCCAAAGACGAGAACCAGCAUCAUUAGUUGAUUCAGCAGCCAGGUUCCAAUUUCAGCAAUCAUCAUGACUUUAUAAGGUACUCGUCCACUGCUAAAAUUCUCUCUCAUGUGGGAUAAGUAGGGGGAAGAGAGAGAUCGCGCUCAGAAAUAUCUAUCUAUCUAUCUAUAUUUAAUUCUCUAGAGCUGAACUAUUCUAUUGCAUUUUGAGGCCUGUUAUAAUAACUGAACAGAACAAUAUAAGGGAAUUCAAAAUUAAAAAAAUCACAUUAGGUAGUAUUAAAAAGAAGAUAAUAACUUCAUAAACUUUAAAGAAUGCUCACUGCAAUCAUUCCCCUCUUCCUACUCAUUCAUAAUGUUAUAUCUUUUCACCUCUAGUCAAUUGAUUAUGUAUUGAGCUAAACCUGCUAACUUCUUUGUCUUUAAUACCCAAGUUAAAAGAUUCUUGGUAAGA